UUAUAACAUUUAACAUUUCGGUAUCAAAGUUCGGCUGUGGCUCCCAUAACCUAGAAAUGUUGAUCAACAAAAACACAAAAAUAAUCGGCUCUAGGACAAUCCUUGUGCCCUACAAACCCGAACAUGUCUUAAAGUAUCACACUUGGAUGCAGUCUGAAGAGCUCCAAAAACUGACAGCCUCGGAGCCCCUUUCUUUGGAGGAGGAAUACGCCAUGCAGAAGUCUUGGAUGAUGGAUGAAGACAAAUGCACAUUCAUAAUCCUCGAUAAGGGGAAAUACAACAGUAGUGGAAAUGAAAUUGAGUCGAUGAUUGGGGACACAAACCUCUUUUUUGCAAACACCGACGACAGGAUUUGUGCCGAGGCCGAGAUUAUGAUUGCUGAAAAAUGGGCCAGAGGUAGGAAAUGCGGGUCUGAAGCCAUGCUUCUCAUGUUCCUCUACGGAAUUGAAACACUCGGUGUGAGACAGUUCGUUGUGAAAGUUUCAGAUGAAAAUGAUGUCAGUAUUCGCAUGUUUAGGAAUUGUGGGUUUUUAGAAACUGGUCACAGCAAUGUUUUCAAAGAAAUUACUUUAAGUAAAAUAGUAGAUGAGACUUGGGUACAGUGGCUGAAAACUACAGUUGGUAAUUAUGAAGUGGUUAAACAAUAAAAAAGUGUGCCCACCUAAAAA